GCUUCAUUUCUGUUGCUUCCUUUGUGCUCAGCUUCUCGUGGGCGAGCAGAAGCUCCCAGGGCCACCUCUGCGAUGUCCUCCUCCAAGGGAGGUCAGGCUCAGAAGACAAGACUCCCUAAUUUCAUAAGAAAGGGGCGGCAGGAAGUUCCACCCCCAACAGAGAAGGACUGGCAUAAGGACGAUGAGAAGGAUUACACCUUCCUUGACCCAGAUCAGGGUCUGGAUUCCCUGCCACAGCCAUACCGGAUGAUCAACAAGGUGCUGAACCUCCUGUUUGACCAGAUAUGGGAAGUUAUUGAAGAGAGGGAAGCAGUGAGGGAAGCUGAACUCAACCGGGUCAGGCCUACCGUGUAUCCUCCGCAGGAGGAAAUCCAGCUCAACAGAAUGUCCACUUGCAUGGCUAUUUGCCAAGACUAUCUGUUCAUCGGCGGAACUAAGGGCUUCUCCAUCUACCACCUGUUCAAUGCUAAACGGAUAUACGUCUGGGAGAAACUUAAAGCUGAUGUCACUGCCAUCUGGGCUGCAGAUCUGGGGAGUGAAAUACUUAUUGCUUCAGUGGAUGAAAUGGGUGUCCUUAGACUGUUUUACUUUUAUAAGGACUCUCUUUACCACAUCAAAGCCAUCAACGAAGCAGAGGAGAGCAGCAGGCAGAACACCUGCCUCCACGUGGAGAUCUCAAAAGGCGGCGACUUCAUGGCCAUCCUCCUGCAAGGGGCUGGGGAGCUUUGGCUGGAAGUGUACAGACUGCCCAAGGACAUGUGGUUCAAGGAGACGGAGCACCCGCAGUCCAACCUGAAUUCAAAGAGGAAAGUCAAACCCAUGAACGCGCUCGACAACGUUCCUUCAGAAAACUUAGACACACUGGACGGGCCCAUCAGCUUCCGCGGAGAUGUUAAGCUGACGUAUCCCUCCUACCUUAUGAAGAUCAAGCCGCCCAAGCCCGUGUCAGGAGCAGCCUGCGUCCUCGGCGUGCACUGGACUGGCAGCCACAACUUCUUCCUCUACUCCCUGAACCGAGUGAUGAAGGACCCCGAGGGGGUGUGGCCCUGCGCAGCGCCCAUCACCGUGUCCCAGCUCAGCCCCUCCUGCUCCUACCUGGUGCUGGCCUGUGAGGACGGCGUGCUCAUAAUCUGGGACAUGUCUGAGGGAUUCCCCCUGGGGGUCGUGGCGCUGCCUGAGGAAAGUCUGUGCGAAAGCAUUCACUUCCUGCGGUACUUCGUGGUCCACCAAGGGCAGAGCCUGUUCCCCGAGGGCACAGUGAAGUCAUGCAUGAAGUGCGUGGUGCUGUGCACCAACAGCUCCCUGCACCUGGUGACAGCGGACGGCGCGCAGUGUCCCAGCAGCACCGAGCUCCUGAGCAGGACUGAGGCGCACCCAGAAGAAGCAGUGUGUGCGGUGGCGCCCGUCCCAACCCUGCCUGGUAUGGUGCUGCUGUUCACCAAGAACGGCUCUGUGAACCUCAUGGACGUGGGCAAGGCCCAGGUCCUGUGUGCCUUCGUGCCCCCCGUGAGCCAUGAGCUGCCUUUCCCCUGGGAGCCCAUGUUUGCCGUGUCCUCACAACACCCCUAUUUCCUGCUCCACGGAGGCUACCCGCGCGGACACACCAAACCCACGGACGACAGCAAGGAAGUCCCCAACUCCAUCUUCUGGUUUAACUUCGAGACCUAUCCGCCCCUGCAAGACAUAUGCAAGAGCAAUGCCAUCUCGCAGAAGGACCUGGCCGACAGCAAGGCCAUCCCGCAGACACAGCCUCUGGAGACGAUCUGUGAGCACCUGCUCCAGAGCAGCUUCCAGAUCCAGAAGAGCCAGGAGCAGUGGGGCCGGCUGCGGAGAUUCUCCCUGCUGCUCCACAGAGAGAACCUGAAGAAGUGAAGGGUGACCCGCCUGGGCCUGGGUGGCCGCCC